UGGUAUAUUUCUGAGGGUCGGACGGUAUAUUUUACACUGCACCCCACAAGCUAGCACACAAUUUUCUAGUUCUCGCCCGAAAAAUGUUCGCGUUACGUGCUGCCGCUAAAGCCGAUAAGAAUUUGCUUCCAUUUUUGGGGCAAUUGUCUCGCAGCCAUGCCGCUAAGGCAGCUGUCAAGGCAGCCUCAGUUGCUAACGGAAAGAUUGUUGCGGUAAUUGGUGCUGUCGUUGAUGUUCAGUUCGAUGAUGACUUGCCACCAAUUUUGAAUGCUUUGGAAGUUGACAACCGCUCCCCACGUUUGGUGCUCGAAGUGGCUCAGCACUUGGGCGAAAACACUGUGCGCACUAUUGCCAUGGAUGGUACUGAGGGGUUGGUUCGUGGACAGAAGGUUCUCGAUACUGGCUAUCCGAUCCGUAUACCAGUUGGUGCUGAAACUUUGGGUCGCAUUAUGAACGUUAUUGGCGAACCUAUCGAUGAACGUGGGCCGAUUCCAACUGAUAAGACCGCCCCCAUUCACGCAGAAGCUCCAGAGUUUAUUGAAAUGUCCGUUGAGCAAGAGAUUCUCGUCACCGGCAUUAAAGUGGUCGAUCUUCUGGCACCCUAUGCCAAGGGCGGUAAGAUUGGUCUGUUUGGUGGCGCUGGAGUCGGCAAGACUGUGCUGAUUAUGGAGCUGAUCAACAACGUAGCAAAAGCCCACGGCGGUUACUCUGUUUUCGCCGGAGUAGGCGAGCGCACCCGCGAGGGAAAUGACUUGUACAAUGAAAUGAUUGAAGGUGGUGUCAUUUCCCUCAAGGAUAAGACAUCUAAGGUGGCUCUUGUCUAUGGGCAAAUGAACGAGCCCCCAGGCGCCCGAGCUCGUGUGGCUCUUACUGGUCUCACUGUGGCCGAGUAUUUCCGUGAUCAGGAGGGACAGGAUGUGUUGCUUUUUAUUGACAACAUUUUCCGGUUUACUCAAGCUGGCUCUGAAGUGUCCGCCUUGUUGGGUCGUAUUCCAUCGGCCGUCGGCUACCAGCCCACUUUGGCUACUGACAUGGGUUCUAUGCAGGAGCGUAUUACCACCACUAAGAAGGGAUCUAUCACCUCUGUACAGGCUAUUUAUGUACCAGCUGAUGAUUUAACUGAUCCCGCUCCAGCUACAACUUUCGCUCAUUUGGACGCCACUACUGUACUGUCACGUGCUAUUGCUGAAUUAGGUAUAUAUCCUGCAGUCGAUCCGCUUGAUUCCACUUCUCGUAUUAUGGACCCUAACAUCAUUGGACAAGAACACUACAACGUUGCUCGUGGUGUGCAAAAGAUCUUGCAAGAUUAUAAAUCUCUUCAGGAUAUUAUUGCCAUCUUAGGCAUGGAUGAACUUUCUGAGGAAGACAAACUAACAGUCGCGCGUGCACGCAAGAUCCAACGCUUCUUGUCGCAGCCAUUCCAGGUCGCUGAAGUCUUUACCGGACAUGCUGGUAAACUGGUUCCAUUGGAACAAACCAUUAAGGGCUUCUCACAGAUUCUGGCUGGCGAAUAUGAUCAUCUGCCGGAAGUUGCUUUCUACAUGGUUGGCCCAAUUGAAGAAGUAGUUGAGAAGGCUGAUCGUCUGGCAAAGGAAGCUGCCUAAGUAAUUACACUGGAAUACGAAUAAUAAAGUGAAUUAUGCAUUGAAGUUUUAAUAGACACUGUAACAUCAACUUAAAUUCUAUAAACGAGAAGAACUCAAUAAAACGUAUUUAAAUCAUA